AUGGAGGUAGCAGCUACCCGGCAGCAUGCGCACCAGAACACGGCUUACCAUUGCCUGCUCGCGUACUAUAAGCUAGGUUAUUUCAAGCAACACCUAGCACACGUUUUCAACAAGUCAGAGCGAACACUAAGCAACUGGAUCAAGACUUACGAGCAGACUGGAGUUUUUCAGCGUGCAAAGCGAACGUCGGAGAGAACAUUCUCGCGCACAUGGCUGCUGAGCUACUACAGCGAUCAUCCCCUUGCGUACCUGGACAAGUAUCAAGCCGCCUUCACUCGCGCUCACCACAUCGCGAUCUCCAAGACGUCGACGUAUUCCGCUUUGUAG